AUGGCUGGAGCAACUCAUCCUGUCACCCAAACACAAAUUAAUGUUCCAAUCCUUAAUGAAGAUAAUCACAAAGAGUGGAAAGACGCUAUUCUCAGACAAUUAAGAUUAUUAGAGUUGGAUUACGUUGUUCUCAAUGAGGAACCCCCUGAGGUUACUGAAGAAAGCACUGGCGAAGCCAAGCAGCUUCGCGCUCGAUGGGAGAAAUCCAAUCGAUUAUGUGUGGUCUUCAUUAAGUCACGAAUUUCCACAAAAAUUCGUUUUUGCUUUGAGGACAUUAAGAAAGCGAAACAUUUUCUCAAAGCUAUCGAUGAUAACUUCAUUGAAUCAAAGAAAGUUUUGGCAAUGACUCUAAUCAUGAAGUUGAGAAAUUUGCGUCUUUCCACUGUCAAGGGAACGCGUGAACACAUUAUGCAACUCAGGGAUAUUGCGGCUCAAUUAAAGGAGUUGGAAAUCAUUCUACCAGAUGAUUAUUUGGUGCUUUUUGCACUUGAUACCCUUCCUCAGGAGUACAAUCCUUUUAAGAUUUCCUACAUCACACAUAAAGAGGAUUGGUCUAUCAAUGAGUUGAUAACCAUGUGUGCAAUGGAGGAACAAAGGCUUGUGGCUAAGCUUGGCUUAUUCGUCAAAAGAAACCGUAAACCCAGCAACAACGUCAACCGAUCAAGAAUGGAAGAAUUAGAUCAAGUUCCCAGUGACUUUCAAUCUACGAAUAACCCCAGUUUGAGUCCCAGCAGCAGCAGCAAUGGUUAUACAUUGACCAUAUCUCCUAGAAUGACACAGUAUUGGACUCUGCACUGUGAAGAUGAAAUCAAACCAGCGGUUGACAUGAUUUUUAAAACAUUGGAUGCUGGUAUUGAAUCCUACAAUAAUUAUGCUGCCAAAGUCGGGUUUGACACGAGGUCUAGUUCCCUUGUUAGAGCACGCGACGGGACGAAAACUCUAAAGCAAAUCGUUUGCAAUAGAGAGGGAUUUAAGAAUACGGGUGCUCAACAUUGUCACUCAAAAUCAACUGCAGAUGCGGGGGAAGGUCCUUCGCGUCCAAAGCUGGUUUCAAACAGAACUGGUUGCAGAGCUAGGAUUAUUUUCAAGUACAUUGGAGUAGCUGGGUACCAAGUUACGACAUUUAUUGAAAAACAUAAUCAUAGCAUGUCUUCAGUUCUGGCAAGGCAGUUCCUAAAGGGAAAUAGAAACAUCUCCAGUGUUCAUCAGAAGUUUAUACUAGAUUGUGCUAAAGCAAAUAUUAGAGCAUCAAAAUCACACGGUUUAUACAGUCAGAUUGUGGGGGAUUACUCUGAAGUUGGGGCAACUGUAGUCGACUUUAAAAAUGUCAGAAGGGAUCUCAGAGCAUACAUAUUGGGUGCUGAUGCACAAAUACUCGUGCAUAAUCUUAUUAAAAGACAAGAGAUGUGCCCUGCAUUUGCUUUUGACUACGAAGUUGAUGAAGAUGAGCAGAUGAGUAGACUCUUUUGGGCAGAUCCAAUGUCAAAAAAGAAUUUUGCUGCAUUUGGAGAUGUUGUCUCUUUUGAUGCCACAUAUUCAACCAACAGGUACGAUAUGGCAAUGGGUAUGGAACCAAGAAUAAUUGUCAUUGAUCAAGAUCCAGCUAUGAAAGUUGCGAUUCCAAGAGUUUUCAAGCAAGCCAGGCAUCGUUAUUGCAUGUGGCACAUUAUGUGUAAAGUUGGGGAAAAGGUGGGUCCUACGUUGAACAAGAAUGAGGAGUUUAAGAACAAAUUGAACUCAAUCGUUUGGACGUCAUCUUUGGAACCUCCUGAUUUUGAGAAACAGUGGAGAGAGCUCAUGGAAAAGUACAACUUAGUCGAACACAAUUGGUUUAUAACUAUGUUUGAGGCUAGAAACCAUGGGAUCCCAGCCUAUUUUAGAGAUGACUUUAUGGGGGAUCUACUCAGGACAAUGUCUCGUUCCGAAAGUGAGAACUACACGUACAGCCGUUUUACUUGCCCACAGUCUAGCCUAGUUGAAUUCAUGAUGAACUUUGAUAGUGCUCUUAAAUCACAACGUAACACAAACGCAAAGCUCAAUAGUGACAAUGAAGGCUACAAUCCAGAUAUGAAGAUGCCUCUGGGGAUCGAAAAACACGCUUCAAUCGUCUACACCAUUACUGUUUUCUAUCAAGUUCAGGAAGAAAUAUGUGCCUCCUGUUUCAAAUGUAUGGUGUUGAGUGUUAGAGAAGACGGUGGAAUGUUACACUAUGAUAUUAUGGAUGGAAAGAACAAAAUAUUUACUAUGGUGCACAAUGUAAAUGACCAUGAGGCCAAAUGCAGUUGCAAGAUGUUUGAGAUGGUUGGACUGUUGUGUAGACACAUAUUUAUGGUCUUUAAAAACCUUGAAAAGAUACCUCUGAAGUAUGUGGUUAAUCGAUGGACUAAGGAUGCAUCUUUAAAGGCUACAUCUGAAAUAGAUGGUUCAAACAUGGAGCAAUUGGCUGCAUUUUUGCAAGUGAUUAAUGAACAAAAACAGCUGCUAAUGUCAGGAAAGGAAAAGUUAUCCCCUCAGCACAGCAGGAAGACUGUUAUAGAAUCAUUUUGUGGAUCAACAGAGAUUUCAGAGAUCAAUAUACUUCCACCGAAACAUGCAAAGAACAAGGGCAUCGGCAAACGUAUCAAAAGCAGCAAGGAGUUGGCAAUGGAAAAAGAAAAGGGCAGGAGGUGCAAUUUUUGUGGUGUUAGAGGAGAUCAACAUGACACCAGGACUUGCCCACUUAACCCCAAAAAUAAGGACAAACAAAAGGGUAAGAAAAAGGCAUAG